AUGCGGACCGCAAGACCGCAUUUCUACAUUCACUGCCCACCUCCUCCUCGACUAAGAAACCCGCCCUUCCAGCGUUCAAGACCAACGAAACUACACAUAGCUUUUAUACCGAAACCAAACACCCAAUCACCCGUCUCGGGUCGAUCGAGAACCGGAGCUCGCCAAUCCACAACCAUAAUCAACAUCGUGCCCCUUCUUGCCCGUUCACGAAACGUUUUCCUUCCGAAUUCCAAGGGAUGUUCGUCUCGAACACCUCCGUCACCUCUUCAUCCUGCUCUACGGACCGCUGUCAGUCACAACUUCGAUCUCAGGGUGGGGAAAUUACUGCGGGGGGAUUACUAUCAAUAA